AUGUUUGAUGAUCAGGACUUGGGAUUUUUCGCCAACUUUCUUGGCAUUUUUAUAUUUGUUUUGGUUAUAGCCUACCACUUUGUGAUGGCUGAACCCAAGUAUGAAGGCAACUAGGGAGUUGAUCCCUACGUGGAUGCAGAGAGAUUUCUUGAUAUCCCUUCCUCACAAGUUAAACAUGUUUAUCGUACAGUUUAUUUCUCGGAUAUAAUGUUGGACUAUAAGAACAGGUCGAAGUACUCUGAUAUUUUACUUGUCUUUAUAGUAUUUACAUUACAAUCUUAUGUUAAGUUUGAGGUAACUUUCAGAAAGACAUAUAUUUCAUCUUCUGGCAUACAGAACUUUCUUGUC